CUCUAGGGCGGUUUUCUUGCGGCGCUUCGUUUGACCAUAGUACCUUACGAGGGUUAUAUGAUUCACCAGAAAGUUGAAUUCAGGAUCUAUGUGUGAACUGAUAUAAGCCGAAAUUGUUGAUUAUUCACUUGAAGUGAUAGCAUUAACCCUACAUAUAUUACGGAUAAUUAUGAGUCUCUUUACAAGUCCACCUCCUGUUGUAAAACGACUUAUAAGUUACAUCAAGGAAGGUUCAGAUAAAGAAGAAAAGUGGAAAGAAAAGGCUGUUAAGUCUUUAGUUAAAAGGUUGAAAAAUGGGACACAAUUGGACGAGUUGGAACGUGCUCUAGUUAGCCAAGAUCCAUCUACUCGCUGUGUUACUAUUCCGCGUUCAUUGGAUGGACGUCUCCAAGUUGCUCAGAAAAAAGGUUUACCCCAUGUUUUUUACUGCCAACUAUGGCGAUGGCCAGAUUUACACACUCAGCACGAGUUACGACCUAUCGCUACUUGUGAAUAUUCUUUCCAAUCAAAACGUGACGAAGUUUGUAUCAAUCCUUAUCAUUACCGAAGGAUUGAAAAUCCAGGUUUGUAUAAGUUGUUUUAUUUUAGUUCACAACAUUGA